AUGUCAACAUCUCGAGCAAGUCUGGGAUCCGCAGCGCUCAAUGGCCACUUGUAUGCUGUGGGUGGAAGUGAUGAGCCAGGCUACUCACUGAAUUCGGUUGAGGAAUACAACCCUCUCACUAAUGACUGGACUCGAGCACCUCCAAUGAAAAGGAGACGAUCUCAUGUAGGAGUUGAUGCUGUCAACGGAAAGAUCUACGCUGUUGGUGGAUAUGACGGCCACACCCCUCAUAAAUCCGUUGAUGUUUAUUAUGCCCAAGAAAAUCUAUGGAGAGAACACAUCUACAAGGAGGACGGGUCGGUUUUUACUCUCUGCCGCUAA